AUGUGGGUGCGAGUUAAGGUCAUUCGAGCAGUUGGAAGUGACGACAUUAUGAUGAUCCUGGGAACUGUGUGUGAAGGCCGCUCCUCUCCAUGGGCGCUAUUGACGAAGAAUUGGCAGAUAUUCACCUUCGCGGCGCACUAUGGUACCGGCAAGCAUCUCAGUGGUAUCGCCGAGGAAGACUAUGCGCCAAUGCUGAAGAAGAAAGCCGCUUACACUGCGCAGCGCAAGAAGAUUGCUCUUACGGGAGUCUUUGGACUUGGAAGCCUUGCUAUUGCCGCGGGUUGCGUGCGAUAUGUUUAUGUGAAGAGGCUAGCGGGUAUCAAAGACCAGUAUUAUGAACUCGCGGAUUCCCUUAAUUGGUGCAGCAUCGAGAAUUAUGUUGCCAUUGUUUGCGGAUCAGCACCUUCUUUCUCGGUCCUCGUCAAGACGUACGCUCCCCGUCUUUUCGGCAGCUACUAUGGCGACCAAGCAUAUCAGACUUAUAGCCGCUCCCAUGAUCAACCACUACAACGUAUUGUGGAUCGCUUCCGUGCAGAUGACCCUACCAUUACUACUGGAAGCCAAGAGGCCAUCGUGCCUACAGGGGGAAUCUUGAUGAAGACGGAUUUGCACAUGGAGGUGGGGCCAUCUGAUCCAACAGAAAAUCAUAUGCGGAGGAAUAAGUAUGAUGGAGGGUUUUAA